CCCCACUCUCUACCACUGGGCCACUCCCAGUGGAGUUUUAUUCUUCGGUCUUGCCCGGGCCGAGUCCGGCCGGGGCGGGUGGCUCAGCGGGGCUCGCACCCGGCGCUCCGCUGCCGCCGCCCAGCUGCGCGGGGGCGCCCUCCGGAGAUGCUGCCGUGGAAGAAGCACAAGUUCGAGCUGCUGGCCGAGGCGCCGCCACGGCAGGCGUCCAAACCCAAGGGCUACGCGGUGAGCCUGCACUACUCGGCGCUCAGCUCGCUGGCGCGGGCGUGCCCCGAAGGCGCGCUCAGCCGGGUGGGCAGCAUGUUCCGCUCCAAGCGCAAGAAGCUGCACAUCACCAGCGAGGACCCUACUUACACCGUGCUCUACCUGGGCAAUGCCACCACCAUCCAGGCGCGCGGCGACGGCUGCACCGACCUAGCGGUGGGCAAGAUCUGGAGCAAGAGCGAGGCGGGUCGUCAGGGCACCAAGAUGAAGCUGACUGUGAGUGCGCAGGGUAUCCGCAUGGUGCACGCUGAGGAACGCGCGCUGCGCCGCCCGGGCCACCUCUACCUGCUGCACCGCGUUACCUACUGCGUGGCGGACGCGCGGCUGCCCAAGGUCUUCGCCUGGGUGUACCGGCACGAGCUCAAGCACAAGGCGGUAAUGCUGCGCUGCCACGCGGUGCUGGUGUCUAAGCCUGAGAAGGCGCAGGCCAUGGCCCUGCUGCUCUACCAGACGUCGGCCAACGCACUGGCGGAAUUUAAACGGCUCAAGCGGCGGGACGACGCGCGUCACCAGCAGCAGGAGCUGGUGGGCGCGCACACCAUUCCGCUAGUGCCGCUGCGCAAGCUGCUCCUGCACGGACCCUGCUGCUACAAGCCGCCGGUGGAGCGCAGCCGCAGCGCGCCCAAGCUCGGCUCCAUCACCGAGGACCUGCUCGGCGAACAGCAGGAGCAGGAGCUGCAGGAGGAAGAGGAAGACGAGCACGCCGAGGACUGCCUGGAGGAGGAGGAGGAGGAUCGUGCCGGGGAGAGAGACCCGGCAGAGGAAGAGGCCGAGGCGCAGCGGGCGCUCGUGGUGGCCAUGCACUUCGAAUGCGGGGACUUGCUGGACACGCUGGAGAGUGGCCGCGAGGAGGCGCUGGGGGACGGCGGGGUCUCGCUGGGCCCCGGGGCUGGGCCGCCGCCUCUGCUGCUGGGCAGCGCCUCCGACAUGAAGGCCGAGCUGUCGCAGCUUAUUAACGACCUGGGCGAACUCAGCUUCGGCAACGAUGUGCGCAGGCUGCAGGCCGAUUUGCGGGUGACGCGCCUGCUGUCCGGCGACAGCACCGGUAGCGAGAGCUCCAUCGAAGGCGGGGGCCCGGACUCCACCUCUGCCACCGCCGGGGACCGGUCCGGCCCCGCCGAUGGCGCCAGCCCAGAUGAGCCCCACUCGGGCUGAGCUCCCACCCACCUCCAGCGCGCGCCCCUGGCGCCCCUCCGUGACUCCCAUCAGUCAUCUCGAAAACCUCCUUACUCCCCCCCCCCCGCCUGCCCCCAGGAAAGGGGAAAUGGGACACUUGAGGCCCCAGAGUUGCCCCUGCCCCUCUCCCUCAACACAGUUGGCUCUGUGUGAAGCGGGCUUAGGUUGCGCAUGGAGAUGUGGGGAGAUGUACGAGGGGGCAAACCCUGCCAGGAAGGAGAGCGAGGCAGUCAGCUGGGGUGGGGGUGGGGGAAGGGCCCGGUGAAGUUAGCCAAGUCUCGAAAGGCGUGAGGUGCCUGCCGGCCAGUUUCCUGUUUGUGGGGCAUCUGGGGGCUGAGGAGGCGGGGUUAACUCCCUCCCCCACCUCCUAACUGGGAGCGGCCUAGCACUGUCAUUGACAUGUCAUUUACAAAAAAAAAAAAAAAUUUGCUCUCUCAGUGUUGGAGACUUUAAUGCCACCUCCUUGCCCCCAGUCUUUCUGGUGCGAGAGCUUGAGUUGUUUACCUCAGACUCAGACCCUUGAAAUUCUGCCAAAUUCCUCAAAUAACUGUUUUUUUGGGGGGGGGUAUGGAAGAAAGUUGCGUUUUGUUUACAGCUAAGACAUCUAAUAUCUAAAAAAGGAGUUUUCCUUUAGAAACACACCUUCCUCCUGCUCAAAAAAUCUCACUCCAUGAUACUGUGUAAAAUAUUUUUGCACUGUUGUGAAGUAUUUUUGACAUUUUUUUUUGUACAUAACUGUGAGCUGAAUGUUUAUAUCUUUUGCUGUGCAAAAGGGACGUGUAAAAUGUUGUUCAGUUGUAUAUACAGAAACGUGUAUAAAACAUUUUGUUAUUUUUUAAGAAUAGCACUGCUCUGGUUCUGUUUGCACGCCAGUGGGGAGAGAAUAAAGAGGAAAAUUUAACAGAACAGG